AUGAGCCACAUUAGGGCAAUGGCUGAGAUGUUUGAUGUUAUUGCAGAAACAAACCCAACCCUUGCACAGAUGUGGCGAUCUAGACGUUCGACAAUCAACCCCGAUCCAACUCCAGAAGAGCAGGCGACUGCGGAGCAAGCAGCCGAGGAGCAUACCUCCCAAUUUUUCGAAAACAUUAAUCUUAAUAAUUAG